AUGUCUGGAAGACGAAAGAGGCCUUCACAAUCGYUCCUGGCGUCUCUACCCGAAAUAGUCGAAUCGAUAUUACGUCGCCUUCCAGCGAAGACGCUUCGUAUCACAUGCUGCGUCAAUCGAAUGUGGUUCGAGAUUUCUUAUCGGCUGCUUGAACAACGAAGUCGUGGAGUAGUAAAAUACUACGAGCAUUCGCUCAUCUCUGCAGACGAAAUAGAAGAGCUAUUUUCUAACCUACUUGUUAAUCCUAAAGUAGUAAUUUUAUUCAGCCAGCGAGAAAGUUGGUUGCUACGCAGGGAUCCCGACGCGAAGAGGACAGAGGAACGACACCUCGCACGGACAUUACAUGUAAUUAAUCGAUAUAAGCCAACCAAUAGCCUUCUGUUGGGUUGUACUAGCGAAAGGGUACUCAUCGAAGAAAAAGACAUAUCCARUGAUARCUACAGGCUCAAUCAUAAACGUCAAGGUCACGGGAUUUUAUUGCUACCUCGUGUCGAGGGCGUGGAAUAUCACCAUGUUUAUGUAAGAAAAUCGAAGCCAUCACGUGGUCAGACGUGGGCGGAGUUAUUUGAAUUGGACGAAUCAACGCCGGUCAAAAUGGUUCUCAUCAUGACGUUAUCUCAUAGUAGGGACUACAUACCCCAUAUAGCUGCAGGAAUUCGUCAAACCUACGGACCUCGUGUCGUCAUCGUUGGCUCUGUUGCGCAUGAUCGUAUCUUUAUAGAAGGAUUAGUCAAAAGAACGCGGAUGACGCUGCUAUUCAUCAGCGGAAAUACAUUCAGAGCAUGCGCAAAAUUCAUCAACAACGACCGCGAUGCGCUAUUUUAUGAACGAAUUGAAAACAUUUCGGAAGAAUCUCUACAAGAWGGCUACGAGUCGUUGUUCAACAUACUUAUUACAUCUCGCUUUGUUACUCGUGGAAAUGCUUUCUACAUUAAUGCUAUGACAACGUUCAAUCGCGGCGCCUCCAAGACCCCGACAGUCGGAAUCUACUCAUUUGGGGAGUUUUGCUUGAGCACUAAAGAUGUUGGCAAAACAAGGCCUAAUUCUUGCAAACGAUUCAUGAAACACAACUCUGCAAUAUUUUGUGCUUGUUCCUUUAAGAGAAGAAAUACUUUAGGAAAUAACGUAUAAUUUUCUGUUUUGCUACUUAAAUAUUGAAAUUUUACAUCGAUUUACAAUUCAAGUAAAGAUAAUAUAAAACUUUGUGUUAAAAUAAAAGUGGUAUAUAAAACACAA